GAGGAGAUAACAUUACACAAUUUUAGUCAUUCAUUAGAAUUGCAGUAAACCAUUGCAAUGAGAGAAAUUAUCCACUUAUCCACAGGUCAAUGUGGUAACCAAAUUGGUACUGCUUUUUGGGAAACUAUUUCUGGUGAACAUGGGUUAGACGAAAACGGAAACUACCAUGGUGAUGAUGACAUCCAAAAAGCUAACUUGGGUGUUUACUUUAACGAAGCUAGCUCCGGUAAGUACGUCCCAAGAGCUGUUUUGAUUGAUUUGGAACCAGGUACUAUUGAUGGUGUCAAGACUUCCAAGAUUGGUAACUUAUUUAGACCAGAUAACUUCAUUUUCGGUCAAUCAUCUGCCGGUAACGUUUGGGCCAAGGGUCAUUACACUGAAGGUGCAGAAUUAGUUGAUUCUGUCAUGGAUGUAGUUCGUAGAGAAGCUGAAGGCUGUGACUCUUUACAAGGUUUCCAAAUCACCCAUUCUUUGGGUGGUGGUACUGGUUCCGGUAUGGGUACCUUAUUGAUUUCCAAGAUCAGAGAAGAAUUCCCAGACAGAAUGAUGGCUACUUUCUCUGUUCUUCCAUCUCCAAAGGUUAGUGACACCGUUAUUGAACCAUAUAAUGCCACUUUGUCUGUGCAUCAAUUGGUUGAAAACUCUGAUGAAACUUUCUGUAUUGAUAACGAAGCUUUGUACAACAUUUGUCAAAGAACCUUAAAGUUACCACAACCUACUUAUGAUCAAUUGAAUGGAUUGGUGUCAUCAGUUAUGUCUGGUGUUACCACUUCUUUGAGAUACCCAGGUCAAUUAAACUCUGAUUUAAGAAAAUUGGCUGUCAAUUUGGUUCCAUUCCCAAGAUUACAUUUCUUUAUGGUUGGUUAUGCUCCAUUGACUUCUAUUGGAUCUAAGUCUUUCAGAUCAUUAACUGUUCCUGAGUUAACUCAACAAAUGUUUGACACUAAGAAUAUGAUGGCUGCUUCUGACCCAAGAAACGGUCGUUAUUUGACUGUUGCUGCCUUCUUUAGAGGUAAGGUUUCAGUUAGAGAAGUUGAAGAAGAAAUGCAAAAGGUUCAAACCAGAAACGCUUCAUACUUUGUGGAAUGGAUUCCUAAUAACGUUCAAACUGCUGUUUGUUCUGUUCCACCAAAGGAUUUGGAUAUGUCUGCUACUUUCAUUGGUAACUCCACCUCUAUCCAAGAAUUGUUUAAGAGAGUUGGUGAUCAAUUUAGUGCCAUGUUUAGAAGAAAGGCUUUCUUGCAUUGGUACACUUCUGAAGGUAUGGAUGAAAUGGAAUUCACUGAAGCUGAAUCUAACAUGAAUGACUUGGUCAGUGAAUACCAGCAAUAUCAAGAUGCAGGCGUUGAUGAUGAUGAAGAAUUGGAAUACGCCGAUGAAGUCCCAUUGGAGGACGGUUUAGAGUAAUUUUUUUCUUCUCAGUUAUCUCAAUUAAUAGUGUUUUUAUUCUUAUUGGUA